GCCCUGGCUUCUCUGCAGGCGUCCUGCCUCUGUGGCUCUGCCCCCUGCAUCCUGUGUAGCUGCUGUCCGGCCAGCCGAAGCGCCACCGUGAGCCGCCUCCUCUUCACAGUGUUCCUUUUCCUGGGGGUGCUGGUAUCUGUCAUCAUGCUGAGCCCAGGCGUGGAGAGUAAACUCCAUAAGCUGCCCUGGGUGUGUGACGAUGGUGCCAAGAGCCCGUUCAUCCUGCAGAGCCACAUCGACUGUGGCUCCUUGCUUGGCCAACGGGCUGUGUAUCGCAUGUGCUUCGCCACGGCCAUCUUCUUCUUCCUUUUUACCCUGCUCAUGAUCUGUGUGCGCAGCAGCCGGGACCCCCGGGCAGCCAUCCAGAAUGGGUUUUGGUUCUUUAAGUUCCUGAUCUUCGUGGGCAUCACUGUGGGUGCCUUCUAUAUUCCCGAUGGCUCCUUCUCCAACAUCUGGUUCUACUGUGGUGCCGUUGGCUCCUUCCUCUUCAUCCUCAUCCAGUUGAUGCUGCUUGUGGACUUUGCACACUCGUGGAACCAGCAGUGGCUGUGUAAAGCUGAGGAGAGUGACUCCCGCGCCUGGUAUGCAGGCCUCUUCUUCUUCACUCUCCUUUUCUACACGCUGUCCAUCGUGGGUAUGAGCCUACUCUUCGUCUACUACACCCACCCCGGCAUCUGCCACGAGGGCAAAAUCUUCAUUAGCCUCAACAUCACCUUCUGUGUCUGCGUCUCCAUCGUUGCAGUACUGCCUAAGGUCCAGGAAGCGCAGCCCAACUCAGGUCUGCUUCAGGCGUCAGUUGUCACACUCUACACCAUGUUUGUCACCUGGGCAGCCCUGGCCAGUGUCCCAGAACAGAAAUGCAACCCUCACCUACUGACUGAAUUUGGCAAUGAGACAGUCCUAGCAGGCCCCGAGGGUUAUGUGACCCAGUGGUGGGACGCACCAAGCAUCGUGGGGCUCAUCAUCUUCAUCCUGUGCACCAUUUUCAUCAGUCUGCGCUCCUCGGACCAACAGCAGGUGAACAACAACCUGAUGCAGACGGAAACGUGCCCACCCAGGCUGGAGGUCACCCAGCAGCAGCUGCAGCAGCAGCAGAUGGUGAUCUGUGAGGGCCAGGCCAUCGACAACGAGCAGGAUGGUGUCACCUACAACUACUCCUUCUUCCAUUUCUGCCUGGUCCUGGCCUCCCUGCACAUCAUGAUGACGCUCACCAACUGGUACAGACCUGGUGAGACCCUGAAAAUGAUCAGCACGUGGAUCUCGGUGUGGGUGAAGAUCUGUGCCAGCUGGGCAGGGCUGCUCCUCUACCUGUGGACCCUGGUUGCCCCGCUCCUCCUGCCCAAUCGAGACUUCAGCUGA